AGUUCACCUUAAAGAAUCUCAAAACCAACCACAAGGGAAAGAUCUGUGAAUUUUUGUAAUGGAAAGCGGUAGCCUCUAGGGCCCAGAGGAUAUGCAGGGAGGCAUUUUCUCUUGCUGGUGCAGCUGAGAGCGAGCGAGCGAGCGAGACCUGGAAAUGAAAGUAAAGAGAUCAGGAGGCACAUGGAGGGAGCUGCAGGGGCAGCCGAUCCAGAAGCAGAAUGCUGCCUUCUAUAAUUAAAUAGCACUUACUAUUAUUAUUACUUCUAGUAAUAAUACAUUAAUAAUAUCUCUAGUAAUACAAUACCAUUUAUCAAGGAAAGUUUAUACAUAGUGUGGGGGGAAAAACCCAAGGAGAGCGACUAUAAUGGAGAGACAGAAGAGAAAACAAGAAAUAGAGAAAGGACUUCAGUUCAUUCAGUCCACAUUACCCCUAAGCCAAGAAGAUUAUGAGGCCUUUUUGCAGAAGCUGGUGAGAAACUUGUUUGCAGAGGGCAAUGAUUUGUUUCGAGAGAAGGAUUUCAAGCUUUCACUGGUACAGUAUGUAGAAGGGCUGAACGUGGCGGAUUAUGCAGCCUCCGACGAGGUGACCAUCCCAAAGGAACUCCUGUGCAAGCUGCAUGUCAACCGAGCUGCCUGCUACUUUGCCAUGGGGUUGUAUGAGAAGGCACUGGAAGACAGCGAGAAGGCUUUAAGUCUUGACAAGGAGAAUACGAGAAAAGCCCGCUCCCUAAAUGAACUUGGAAGACACAAAGAAGCAUACGAGUGCAAUAGCCGAUGCUUGCUGUCCCUCCCACAUGAUGAAAGCGUCACGCAGCUGGGACAGGAGCUUGCUCAGAAGCUGGGUCUGAGGGUUCGAAAAGCAUACAAAAGACCUCAGGUAUUGGAAACAUUCUCACUACUCAGUAAUGGCACAUCAAUCAAUUUGUCAAACCAGACCACUUCCAAUGGAUUGGGUUCGAUAGAUGACAUCGAAACAGACUGCUCUAUGGACCUGCAGUGCCUCCCAGCUCCUGUGGCCACCUCCAUCCCUGUGAGCGAGGGGCUGGCCUCUUUGCCCUCUGACGCAGAUGCAAAGGGCUUGCCUACCUCGCUCCCUGCUGCCAGCUUGCUCCCAUCUCCAGACUGCGUGUCCUUGCCAGUGCCUGAGAGCGUGGAGGACUUCACAGAUGGGGACAUCAUUGGGGAAGAACUGGACUCCCUCCUGGACUCCCUCGCCGAAGGGUCACCGUACCCUCUAUCUUUGGUCCAGGGCACCAUUCCUACCAACCUGCCAACGGAGAUGCCCCAGCUGAUCCCUGUGUUUCCGGGGGGAACUCCGCUGCUGCCCCCAGUUGUGACAGCCAGCAUUCCUGUCUCCACCCCGCUGCCACCUGCCUCCUUCGGCCUGGUGAUGGAUCCCACCAAGCAGCUCUCCUCAUCCUCUGUCCUGGAUGCCUUCGAGGCCCCGCCGGGAGGAAGUGGCGGUUCCACCUUAGAUUCGCUGGAUUCCCUGGAUCUGCUCCCCUACACAGACUCACGGCUUGAUGCCCUGGACUCCUUCGGGACAAGCAGAGCAUCGCUGGAUGCCUUGGAUUCCUUUGCCAUUGAAACUAGCCCUCAGGAACUGCGACACCCACCUGGCAGCCAAAAACCAUCCCCCGUGGUCAGCCUUGGUGGAGUAAGUCACCCAGCUGUGCCCAAGGUCACCGAGCACCUGCUGUCCCAGCCGGAACCAGUAAUGCCCAACACAGCCCUGCUGGUGAAGAAUCCCUUGGCAUCUACUCACGUCUUCAAACAAGCCUGUCAUAUCUGCUACCCCAAAACAGGGCCCAAAGCUGGUGAUUACACCUAUCGGGAAGGCUUGGAGCACAAGUGCAAGCGGGACAUCCUGCUGGGCAGGCUGAAGAACUCGGAAGACAAGACCUGGAAGAGGAUCCGUCCUCGCCCAACCAAAACCAACUUUGUAGGAUCCUAUUACCUGUGCAAAGAUAUGCUUAACAAGCAGGACUGUAAGUACGGGGAUAACUGCACCUUCGCGUACCACCAGGAAGAGAUCGACGUGUGGACGGAGGAGAGGAAGGGGACCCUCAACCGUGACCUCCUCUUUGACCCACUAGGUGGGAUCAAGCAGAGCAGCCUCACCAUCGCCAAGCUUCUCAAGGAACAUCAGGGCAUCUUCACCUUCCUCUGCGAGAUUUGCUUUGACAGCAAACCUCGGAUUAUCAGCAAAGGGACCAAGGACACGCCAUCUGUCUGCUCCAACCUUUCUGCCAAACACAGUUUCCAUGACAACAAGUGUCUGGUCCACAUUGUGCGUUCCACCUCCCUGAAAUAUUCCAAGAUCCGCCAGUUCCAGGAGCACUUCCAGUUUGACGUGUGCCGACAUGAGGUGCGUUACGGCUGCCUGCGCGAGGACAGCUGCCACUUUGCUCAUAGUUUCAUCGAGCUCAAGGUCUGGUUGCUGCAGCAAUAUUCAGGAAUGACCCACGAAGAUAUCGUGCAGGAGUCAAAGAAGUACUGGCAGCAGAUGGAGGCACAUGCCAGCAAACCAGCCAACAGCAUGGCUUCUCCCCGGGCUCCCACGUCAAGCACCUUUGACCUCCAGAUGAAAUUUGUGUGUGGCCAGUGCUGGAGGAAUGGGCAGCUGGUGGAGCCAGAUAAAGACCUCAAGUACUGUAGUGCCAAAGCCCGCCACUGUUGGACGAAGGAACGUCGCGUCCUGCUGGUGAUGUCCAAAGCAAAGAAGAAGUGGGUGUCUGUCCGACCACUGCCUUCCAUCCGCAACUUCCCACAGCAAUAUGAUUUGUGUAUCCAUGCACAAAAUGGAAGGAAGUGCCAGUAUGUGGGCAACUGCUCCUUUGCCCACAGCCCUGAGGAGAGAGACAUGUGGACCUUCAUGAAGGAAAACAAAAUACUAGAUAUGCAGCAGACCUAUGACAUGUGGCUAAAGAAACACAAUCCUGGGAAGCCUGGAGAGGGGACACCACUCACCUCGCGAGAAGGGGAGAAACAGAUCCAGAUGCCCACCGACUACGCUGACAUCAUGAUGGGCUACCACUGCUGGCUCUGCGGGAAGAACAGCAACAGCAAGAAGCAAUGGCAGCAGCACAUCCAGUCGGAGAAGCACAAGGAGAAGGUCUUCACCUCGGACAGUGACUCCAGCUGCUGGAGCUACCGCUUCCCCAUGGGCGAGUUCCGGCUCUGCGAAAGGUUCCAGAAGAGCAAGGCCUGCCCCGAAGGAGAGGAGUGUCGCUAUGCCCACGGCCAGGACGAGCUGACGGAGUGGCUAGACCGGAGGGAGGUGCUGAAACAGAAACUGGCCAAAGCCCGCAAGGACAUGCUGCUCUGCCCCAGGGAUGACGACUUCGGGAAAUACAACUUCCUAUUGCGGGAUGGCGUAUAGUAAGGGUUGGGAGGGGAGCCUGUCGGCUGGAGAAACACGGGGCGGGUUUUCCAAGAGUGGCAGUAGCAGGGAGAGUGAGAUCUGUGUCUCGCAAAGAGAACUUUUUCUUUUCUUUCGUUUUAAGAUUAUGAGACGAUGAUUUAUUAGUGGUGAAUGAAAUCGUGAAUUUGAUUCUCCUUGGCCAGCGAACACCAUGCUCACUGAGUUUGUGAUCCAUCUUCUCUCUCUUCUUUACCGCAAAUUCUCCUUCCUCUCCAUCUUCUUGUUUUCACUAUCCUUCAUUCAAAGGAAUGAAUCCAGUACUGGCUGCAAAUCGGAGAAUUUCUCCUUGUGUUAUUCUCCUGCUCUUCAAUUCGGAGUGUGGCUGCAGAGGUCUGGAGGACAAAGCUGAGAGAAAGGGCCAGACAUCUGGUGAAAAGGUGACCAUGAAGUUCAUGUGCUCCUUUUCUCAGUGCUGCAGAGCAAGCCCCGCUUACGCUGCUGCAGCUGGCCUGCUCUCCUGGGAGUUCAGUACCAGAAGAAUUAGGAACUGGGGUGCAAAAGAAGGAAAACCACUAGAUCCGGCUUAAAACAUCUUAAAACAUCAACUGGUGCCGAGGAGGGUAACAGCCAUCUGGUAUAAAGGGUGUAGCUAAAAGCAGCAAAGUAAUAAAACUGCUUGCAGCAGCAGGAACUGGAUUGUGGGUGACUUCAGGCUGUUUCAGCUGACUGUACCCAGAAAGCAAACUGGUGACUCCUCAUUAGAUGUCUUUCUCAGUGUGCGACAGGUAUUCAGGGUGGGUAGUUUUGGUUUGGUUUUUUGGCUGGUGUGACCGGUGCAAGUAAGACCGAAGCCAUCUAGAAGGUGUAGUGGAGACUGUGACACACCCUGCGUCACUGUAGUCCAUGCAGCAGUAUCAGCCAGGAGGAAGGCUGUAACCAAAAGGAGCCUGUGUUUCUGUGUUGCCUUGUGUCCUGAAGAGAGGGAGGGAGGUAAGGGGGUUCCCAUCUUGCUCUUUAAAUGGCGCGUGUUACUGGUUAUUUAGAGCUGUGCUUUUCCCUGCACUGCCAGAAGAACUGGGUGGGGAUCCAUUUAAAAGGACACCAUCGAGCAGCAUGGGCGAUGCUUUGCUGAUGGGAAUCCAGCUGGAAGGGCACUUACCAGAACUGGAGGUCCAGCCCCCUCCUUCUCAGAGCCGGGGCAGGGAGCUUGCGGAUGCACAGUGCAGGCAGGAUGCGACCCAGGGCAGGGACUGCGGUGGAGGGUGAGUGGCACAGUGGGACCCAGCCGUGAGCCUGCUCCUGUCUCACCUGAUGAGCGCCAUGAUGGGGGAACCAGUGAUGCUGAGCUCUGGGCCAGGAUUUUUGGCUUUUAUAGUGGCAGCGGUGAGAGGCAGUACCGCUCUGUAUGCCAGCCUUGUCCUUUCUGGCGGUCUCAUCCUGUAAGCAGUAAACGUGUGUCCUGUCCUGAGCUUCCCUCUCCUCCUCUCUUCUGCAAUCCAGCUUCACUCCACAGGUUUGCGUGCAUGCAUGCGUCUACUCAAACACGAACACAUCUCCUUCCCAGCCUUUGUGGGGGAUGUCUUUUUCAUACAGAGUCCCCCAGGACAGCAAGCUCAGAGCCCAUGGGGCUGGCAGUACUAUAUCCGUGGUAAAUACAAUCUGGCCGGGACCUGCUUGGUGCUUUGGCAUUGCUGGAUCCCCCUUUUCCCUCCCUGCUCCCAUAUCCUUGGUGUUCCCAGCUUCAAGAGAGAUGGGAUGCGGAAACGCAGGAGAUGUGGAAAUGCAGGAGAUGCCGGGGGGGCAGCUGGCAUCUUUCUAAACCAGCCUCCUGGCAGGUGCGUCAGCUCCACUGGGGUCGUUACGGCCCAGGAGCAGAGUGCGCUGCAUGCUGGUCUUGGGUCUUUCCAGUGAUAUUAUGUGCUCCAAGUAAGCUGAAUGUGCCUCUGAGCUUGCUUCCCCUCCUUUAAAAUGGGGAUGGUGGUCACUGGUUUGGUAUGAGCUUCCCUUCUUGGCUGUACAGCACCUUGAGAUCUGGCCUGGAGGAGGCCAGGACCGUAACAUCUGAUGAUACGCAGAUGGCUUAUGAGAGGUCUGGGAGAACUGGGGAGGGAAGCGGUUGUUUCUACCUCGGCCCACAUGUGGGGAGGAGGACGAGAUGAGGAAGGAUCCGUAGUGCUGUGGGGAAAGAGAGUGACCAACGCAGUAUCAGACAUGGCAGUUCUUGAGUGGCCAGGUGCUGUAUUUUCUCCUCUGCCCUUUGCUGUCGCUGCCCGGAUUGUUCCUUCUCCUGGUGCUCCUUGUGCUCAAGUGGUCAACUUUAUAAACGGAGAGAGACGGGGGAGGAGGUAGGCAUCAACUCCUGGGUUAUCUUCUUCUGCUCUUCUUGGGCAGAGACGCCAAGGAAGUGAAUCUGGAUCGGGGAACGUCGGAAUGUGGUUUUUAUUUUUAAAACAAACCUGCAUCUCUAGUGUGACUCUAGCGUUCGCUGCGCUGUGAUUUCUCAUAUGAUAACUUGUUUAGGUUACAGUGGGUCGCUGUCCCCUCUCCCCGUCUCUGCGAUGAGAGCCGAGCUGCUCAGCGGGGCUUCGGAGGGACGGAGCGGGGCCGAGGCGGGGGGAGGGCGAGCGUGCCUGAGGUGAGGGAGGCCCACGGUCACGGGGCUUGCGUCAAGUAUCUCUUUUUGUUUUCCCUGAUAUGAUAACCUGGUCUGUGGUGUUGCAGUACUUUGUCACCAGACUUGUUUUAGUGUGUAUAUAUGUGACCCCUCCCAUGAAGCAUAUAUACACAGGUAUUAAAUAUAUCGCUCUAUAUAAUACUAUAUGUGUGUGGUAUCGAAGGAAUCUUUUAAAUGAGGGUAAAGGAAAAGGACUCGGGCCAGGAAACGCAGCAUCUCCGGUUUAAAUAUGAAGACUUUUAUUUGGGUUAGGGAAAGGGAAAUAACAGAGAGGGGAGGGUUUUAUAUAGAUAGGUAUAAAUUUUGAGAUGGGACAGGUUUCCCUGUUCACAUUUUUGAAACCCCCUAGGAAGUCCUCGCAGUCCCAUCUCAGUGAAAGAGUAU